AUGAAAGCGUUCAAGAAUUUACUGGAGACAACGGAUGCAGAGCUCACGCCAGAGUAUGAGACUGAAGUCGUCACAUGUCACUUCACUAACAUGGUUAAGUUACUACCAGAAAAGCCAUCCGCUGUCUUGCGGAGAGAACAGCUAGCAUCCUUAAGUGGUCGGAUGUGCUGUCUUAAGAGCCACCACAUUUGUCUAUUUUGCCUGCUGCGUUCAGCUCAGCAUGUCUUAUCAUGCGGGCACACAUUAUGUGACAGCUGUGCCCAAAUUUUCGGAACCCCUGUUGCUGGUGGGGAAUACCAAUUUCUGGUCAAAGGAUGCCUUUGUUGUCUGUAUCCAAGACCUCUUCUCAUUAGCGUACUUCCACCUACCAUGAGUGCAAGUAUCCUUGCUAUCGAUGGUGGAGGCGUUCGUGGGGUUAUUCCAUUGGAAUUCUUGACUCUCGCCGCUGAGCAUCUAGCCCCGUGCUCGAUACAGGAUGUUGUGGAUCUUGCGAUCGGAACAAGUUCUGGGGCCCUUAUCGCUCUCGGUCUUUUUGCUAUGUCAUGGGACGUUCGAACAUGCUCCGAAAGAUUCGAUACUUUGGCGAAGCGUAUCUUCUCGCGGCGGCGCCCCUCCAUCUUAUCCAUGCUACUUCAUCGGUUAGCCGGCGUCGAAUCGCGAGUUGGUGGUGCGCUUCGAUCACUUCAAUGGCUCAUACAAGACAGUUGCUAUGACUCCAUUGCCUUUGACGAUGCGCUUAAAAGCGUCUUCGGAGAAGAUCGUCAAGUUUUCAGUGCUCCUGACGCUAAGGAUUUGAGUCUCCAACGCUCAGACUCAAAGUUUGGCGUGAUCACCACAAGUAUUUCGAAAGACACAAGUACCUUUGUCUAUUUCACCCCCGCGGAUCUACAAGGAAUUGGAUCUUUCCAGGAUGGCGGACUAAAGUACAAUUUUGCGGGUGACAUCGCGUGUCAAAUCGCCCAGCAAGUUUGGCCGUCCGCUGUUGGAUCUCUUCGAGUACUCUCUCUCGGAACUGGCAAGGCUUCGCAUCUUGAUCAAACCCCCCAUUUCCGCCAUGUCUUCAGUGACGGAUUCAUGCGGCGGGGCUUUGAUGCUUGGAUGUCAACAAUGAACACGGACGCAGAUUGGAAAAAAUGGAGAAACCGACUGACUGACGAUUCGAAAACAGAUAGUCAUCGUCUAGACGCUCCCCUUGAAAGCACUGACUCAAAUUUGGACUCCGUGGAAAGCAUGGAAAGAUUGCGUGAUCUGGUCAUUCUACAGCCUGGCAGUUCACGAAUGGUCCGCGAAGCAGUCUCGACCCUCUUAGUCUCCCGCUUCUUUUUCUUGAUUCAGUCGGUACCAGAGCAGGCUACAUGUCCGUUUUGGUGCUACGGAACAGUCAGGUGUAAAGGGCCGGCGCGUGAAAUCAUCACUGCACUGGAGAGGCUUCAUCCAGAUGGUCUCCAAUACACUUCGCAGGACGGUUACGUUGAGAGGUUUAAUGGCGUGAGAAGUAUCUGUGACACGUGCGGUUGCUAUUAUCAACCAAUGUCGUUUCUCGUACCUCACCUUGAUCAACGUGUUGAGGUCUUUAUUACAAACACCACGAAGAAACAAUGGAGAAUCAGUGGGUUUCCUGCUACGGUUAGGCAAAUGAUUCACAGGCAGAAUUUUGGCUUCUCAUUUGGACGAGAUGACCAUGGGUACCCCUGUCGGGAGGACUGCAGAUCCUGUGGGAAAUCUGGUAUUCCUGGAGGUCAACGACGUAAGAGGAGAACGUCAUUGUCGCAGAGUCGAGACUUGAAAAGAGUACGGUAA